GUGGACUUUUCUUUCUUGUGAACAUCGUUGUUUCCUCGUGGAAGAAGCUAGCAGCUGAAUAGCUAACUAGCUACCAGUCAACUUAAAAUGUCGAAACAACAGUCGUUUCGUGUGUUUUUAAAUGAGCGCUUAACUUCGGCUGCUGUGGAGAUUUUCGGGGAAGUUGAGAAAACGGUAGUGAAAUACCAGGAGGAGAAUGAUCGGCUACGGAGACUGCUGGAGAUCACAUCAGAGGUUCAGCUAUGUAGAACAGACUCCCUGCAGCUCUCUGUCUCUGAAGAGGAGGUUCCCCCUGAGCAGCAGGAGUGGAGCCCCAGUCUGGGACAGAAGGACCCAGAGACCAGAAAGAUGAAAGAGGAACAAGAGGAAGUCAGGACCAGUCAGCAGGAAGAGCAGCUUCAAGGGUUCUUUGAUACCAAAGACUCCACAUUCACUCCUUCCUGUGUGAAAAGUGAAUGUGAUCAGAUGGACCCACAUCAAGAAGCCAUACUAGCUGAACACCCAACUCUCAGUCCACUGAAAACGUCUAAACUACAGUUGUUUCGUGUGUUGUUAAAUGAAUGUUUAACGGAAUCUGCUGCUGUGGAGAUUCUUGGUGCGGUUGAGGAAACUGUAGCAGAGUACCAGGAAGAGAAUGAUCUGCUACGGAGACUGCUGGGGAGGACACCAGAGAUAAAACUAUAUAGAAUAGACUCCCUGCAGUUCUCUCUUUCUCUCUCUGAAGAGGAAGUUCCCCCUGAGCAGCAGCACUGUGAGCAGGAGUGGAGCCCCAGUCUGGGGCAGGAGGACCCAGAGCCCACACAGAUUAAAGAGGAACAGGAGGAAGUCAGGACCAGUCAGGAGGAAGAGCAGCUUCAAGGGCUCUUUGAUACCAAAGACUCCAUAUUCACUCCUUCCUGUGUGAAAAGUGAAUGUGAUCUGGAGGACCCACUUUGGUCCUUGACUCUUCCCCAAACCCGGACUGUGGAGAACGGAGAGAGUGACUCUAAACCAAUGGAUCUGAAACCUUUUGUCACUGUGACCCACAUUAAGGGUCUCAACAUUCCCUGUGACCCUCCAGAUAAUCAAAACAAUGCCUCCAGCCACAGCUCAGCUGUAAGCAGCGACACAGUAGGACUUGACAGCAGCCCACCAUUGGAUCCAAGCCCACCAUUGGAGAAACACUGUUCCAAACCCAGCACCACAGCUAGAAAAACUCAUCACUGCCGUGACUGUGGAGAAACGUUUGCUCUGAAAGCUGAUCUGCAGAGACAUGUGACUCUCAGCAAGAAGAGACCCAGUGAAUGUAGAUUCUGCAAGAAACGCUACAAUUCCACCUGUAAACUGAAGGCCCAUGUCCGACUCUGUCACGGUGGGAAACCCUAUAUCUGCCCUGUUUGUAGCAAGACCUUCAAACACAAAGGUGGUCUCCCCAGGCACAUGAGGAUUCACAAAGGAGAGAAACCUUUUAGCUGUGGUGACUGUGGGAAAAGCUUCAAUCUGAAGAUGAGCCUAACUGAACAUUUACUGAUUCACACAGGAGAGAAACUAUAUAGCUGUGGUGACUGUGGGAAAAGCUUCAGUCAGAAGGGAUCCCUUACUGUUCAUAAACUGAUUCACACAGGUGAGAAAUCUUUUAGCUUUGGUGACUGUGGGAAAAGCUUCAGUGUCAAGCAGAACCUAGCCAGGCAUAAACUGACUCACACAGGAGAGAAAUCAUUUAACUGUGGUGACUGUGGGAAAAGCUUCCGUGUCAAGCAGCACCUAACCAGGCAUAAACUGACUCACACAGGAGAGAAAUCAUUUAUCUGUGGCGACUGUGGGAAUAGCUUUAGUCGCAAAGCUUACCUAACCUUUCACAUAUUGACUCACACAGGAGAGAAACCAUUUAGUUGUAGUGACUGUGGGAAAAGCUUCCGUGUCAAGCAGCACCUAACCAGGCAUAAACUGACUCACACAGGAGAGAAAUCAUUUAACUGUGGUGACUGUGGGAAAAGCUUCAGUGUCAAGAGCUACCUAACCAGGCAUAAACUGACUCACAUGGUAGAGAAAUCAUUUAGCUGUGGUGACUGUGGGAAAAGCUUCCGUGCCAAACCCAACCUAACAGCUCAUAAACUGACUCACACGGGAGAGAAACAACAUGGCUGCUCAGUCUGUGAGAAAAGAUUCACUCGUAAGACUCAUCUGCUGAGGCAUGUAGAUUCAGUCCACAAAGGAAAGGAAGGAUGAAAACGGGUAGAAGAAAGAAAACAAGGACAGAGUGGAAAAGCUUCCUGCUUCCAAAAUAACCUAACUAUUCAUAUAAUGACUCACACAGGAGAGAAAUCAUUUAGUUAUGGUUGCUGUGGGAAGAGCUUCAAUCGCGGGGAGACCUUAACCACGCACAACUGACUCAAAUGGGAGAGAAACCCUUUCGCUAUGGUGACUGUGGGAAAAGCUUCAGUCAGAAUGGGAUAGUUUUACCAUGUUUUGAGGCUAUAUCAUAAAGUGUGUUCGUAAUUACAUUGUUUUACUCCAUGGUUUGUAAGCAAUCUUAGCAUUUUCGUAUUUUUAUUUUUUGAAUUAGAAUCAUUUAUUUACAAUACAACAUAUCUCAGACACAUUACAACAUUGUUUGUCGCUCAUCCUGGUGAAAAUAGUUUAAGGGAUAAAUACUAUUUUUUUUAUGUAAGAAUGGACUCUACAAGGUGAAGGCUGUAUUUGUGUGUAGUCUACACUGAGUAUACCAAAGGACAUCCAGCCAACUUGCCACAACUGUGGGAAGCAUUAGAGUCAACAUGGGCCAGCAUCCCUGUGGAAAGCUUUCAGCACCUUGUAGAGUCCAUGUCCAGACGAAUUGAGGCUGUUCUGAGGGCAUAAAGGG